AUGUUAUUAAGUCGAAGUGUGUGGGGUUUUAAUACUUCAGAGAAGUAUUUAAGAUGGGAAAAUCCUUUUGGAGGAAAACAAAAAGAAGGAAGGCUCAUUUCUUUUAAUUCGGAUAGCGGAGAUAUAAGUUACCUGUUGGGUAUAGACGAAGUUUUACUAGCAAACGACAUAGACGCUACAACUUGCAUGCAAAGAAUAGUUUGUUGGUCUGUUAAAAAUGCCUCGAAACAAGUGAACACUGGCCAUGGCAAAAGCAUGGAUAAACUUCUGGACGGCGUGGCUUCAAACGAUUGGCUAAAUUACUACAUCCGUGGAACAGCUAUAGACGAUGCCAUCAAAAAUGGAUACAAUGGUAUAAAUUGUUCAAAAGCGUAUGGAAAGUGCCAAAUUACACAACAAGCUAUACAAAAGUUGUCCAAGAACUUAAUUAAUGCGGUUAAUGGGGGCUGA